UUGAUGUUGGACGUUCGAUAUUCGCGGAAAUGCGGAAAUUAAGGGACCAUCUCUAAAGUUACAUACUACAUUUUCAUACACGUUUCUAACUUCAAUAGCAUUUGAAGGGAAUGACUUACAGCCAUAUAACCAACUGUAAAGUGUUCAUCUGGGUGUCUAGAUGAACACUUUCCAGUUGGUUUUGUGACUAAGUGAUUACCUUCAAAACCUAUUGAGCUUUAAAAAGAAAAUGGUAUAUUUUGUGUAUGGGCCCAUUCUGCAGUGAAAUUCAUGUCUAAUUUACAUAUGAUUUAAUAACUUAUUUUGAUAAAUAUCAAAAAUCUAAAAGGUGUGUCUCACAGCUGACACCCAGGAUGAACACUUUACAGUUGGUUAUGUGACUGUAAGUCAUUCCCUUCAAGUGCUAUUGAAGUUAGAAACGUGUAUAACAAUGUAGUAUGUGACUUUAGAGACGGUCCCUUAAUUUCCGCAUAUCCGCGAAUAUCGAACGUCCAACGUCACACCAACUUUAUUCCAGUGUCGGGGACCUUACCCAUGGGACCCGGCCGAGCAUAGCCCAAACGAGCUACAUGGGACCGAGAUGACAUUACGUGAUCUAGAGCCAGUUGUACUGGUUAACAGCUCCUGCUCUUGUGUGGCUGGGAGUGGGAUAUGCAACCAUUUGGUUGCUUUGCUUUACCAGACAGCCCAUUACUCUGAAUGUGGAAUGUCUGUCGUCCCUCCUGUCCUUUCAUGCACCCAAACAGAGCAGAAGUGGCAUAAACCACAAACAGUCCUUUGGAUCAAUUAAAUAUGUGGCACAAGGUUUGUUUUGCUAUAGUCUUAACCCUCUUACCCCUAAGUUCCCACAGUAUUAUGUCCCACAACCCUAUAUUCCCCAUAGAAACAGCACGCCAACCGUGAGUUCCCAGGCCAAAAUUGGCCCCAAAAUCAACAUUUUAAUUUGAACAUUUUUAGGCCUUGAAACAACUUAUAAUAAUGUAUUUGUGUAAUAUUACUUUGAAAAGGAAGCAGUUCAGUGUUUUUACUCCACUUAGAGAACAACUCUUAACUAGAGAAAUGACGAAAAAAAUGCUGGCUAAAAUCCUUCUACUCAUUUAGAAGUACCAUACGAGCAUCAGCGUGGUCAAUGCCUUUGAAUAAAUUCAAGUAAAUAAUAAAUAAAUAAAUGCAUUUUAGCGCCAAAAGUCAAGUUUCUGGUGAUAAUCAGACCAGCAGGUAGUGUUUUCACGAAUGCACAGAGAUGGUCCCGUUAUGACUCCAGACCCCUGCAGUGUCAGUCGCACUGGUUGAUACUGAAGAUGAAGACGGAUCAGGGUCUGAAUCAGGAGAGAUUGUGUCUCUAUCGGUUUCGGUUUCAACAUCGCCUGAACUUUCACUGCUGUCACGAUCUAGAAUCCUCGCUCUGGCCUGUGUAACUGUGUACGUUUUCUUUUUUUUUACUGUUUUAGAUGUACCCGUGUUCACUGUAGGUGUAACUUUAGCUGGAACACGAUUACUUUUUCACUUUGGCAUUUUUAGUUCACUUCUACUAGUACACCAAUAUUCACGCUUGGAUCUUAUCGUAAUGCCGGCGUAAUAACGUAAUCACGUCGUGACGUCAUGAGGUCAUCAACCUUCCGGGUCAGAAAAGAAUAAUUAAAUAAGUAAGGAAUCAUAGCAGAGUAAUGCCGGUACACCGGCCUUACGAGGAUAACGUUUACACUGUAAAUCCUCUAUAUCGGCCUUACGGGUAUUUGGCAUAGACGACCAAGCCGGUAUAUCGUCCUUACGGGAAUAGAUCAAAGACGGGCAAGCCGGUUUUUCAGCCAUACGGGGUAAGAGGGUUAAUGCCAUCUAAUAAAUAGGGAGUGAAGCCAGGACCGGUGGAUGCCAUGGUGGUACUGAAGCCCAAACCAGUUGCUACUCCAGCAAGUGGAAUCAGAUCUGCACUAUACAGGGCCUACAGUGGUGAGCUGCCAGACCCAUCAAGCCUCAACCCUAAAGCUGCCUAUGCUGACUUCAAACCAGGCUCUCUUCCCCUUACCUGCACAAUGAAUCUCUCACCUGACAAGCCACUCGUGGACUCGAUCUUCAGUAAGGUACAAGCUUUCAGUAUCCUAUUGUAUCAGCAUCCACUACCUACACCUGAUGGUGUUAUCACCCAUAAGGAUUCAGGAUUAUUAAGGAUUAUUCCCAAAAGUGCCACCAGACAGGCUACCAGUUAAAGCCACCAGAUUGUACAUAUGUGCCAACAAACCUUGAACAGCUGCAUCUCAAUUCACUGUCUUUGACUUUGUCACGGUCACACCUCAUUGAAGAAGCAACAAGAUGUCAAAGUGCAGCACCUGAAUGGCAUUCACUCAGGAAGGAGAAGGUGACUGCUUCAAAUUUUAGGGAGGUUAGCCACGUUAGAGGUCCAAAUGCUGAAGUAGACCUAGCUGAGAGGAUCAUCCAAGCGAUAAGACAAACAGCACACAUGAAGAGGGGACUGGAUAUGGAGGCAGGUAUCUUAAAGGACUAUGCAACUCUGAAAAACGUAAACUUAAGGAAAUAUGGACUGGUGAUUCAUCCAGUUGCACCUUAGCUGGGUGCAUCACCUGAUGGGCUGGUAUAUGACCUGCUUGAGAGACCAUCAUUUGGCUUGGUUGAAAUAAAAUGCCCAAAUGCACUAAGCUACUUUAUGUAAGCACUUUUUGUAAAAAUGUAUAGAUCUUAUUUAGUUCUGGGUUGUCUCCUGUGGUUAGUGUGUUGUUUUAUGUAGCACCAUGGUCCUGGAGAAACGUUUUUUCAUUUCACUGUGUACUGUACCAGCUCUAUAUGGUUGAAAUGACAAUAAAGUGAACUUGAAACUUGAAAAUUGAAACUACAUUGACUGCAGGUACCUCAGAGCUGACCAUGGCAUAUACAAAUUGAAGAAAAGCCAUCGUUAUUAUUGGCAAGUGCAGAGGCAGUUGCUUAUCACAGCAGGAGAACGGAGGAAACGCAGAACCCGGAAGUCGACGCCAACCGUCCCCGCUAUGGACUCAGUCCACUUCCCACACUGUACAUUUAUGGAGCUUCCUGAUCCAUUUGAUGGAUUUUUUGGUGCCCCAGAAUAUUUCCUGGUAGACUGUCAAUUCUAUUUCUCCAGCCUGUCAGACCCUAAGCCAGAGGAGAAGCAAUGGCUCCGAUUCUUGUGGUCCCGGUUUUUUGGCCCGGCCCGUCAAUGGGUGCAGCUCAAACUGGAUAAGCAUUGUAGGAACCUGGACAGUGUAGAACAGUUUGUGGGGGAAUUCAUGAUGCGAUUCGGGAGUCCGGAGGCGAAGGACGAGCUAGAACAACUUCUCAGGGGGGUAAGUCUGGCAGGCAAACCUGCCCUGCCGUUUACCCACUACUACAGGCAAACUCAUGCAGAGCUCAACUCUUAAAUCCAAGUCAAGUCUAAUCCAAGUCAAGUCUCAAGUCCCUGAAAUCCAAGUCAAGUCUCAAGUACCUGAAAUCCAAGUCAAGUCUCCAGUCUCUGAGGUCCAAGCCAAGUCUCCAGUCUCUGACGUCCAAGCCAAGUCUCCAGUCUCUGACGUCCAAGCCAAGUCUCCAGUCUCUGAGGUCCAAGCCAAGUCUCCAGUCUCUGAGGUCCAAGCCAAGUCUCACGUCCCUGAGGUCCAAGCCAAGUCUCACGUCCCUGAGGUCCAAGCCAAGUCUCACGUCCCUGAGCUCAUGUCCAAGCCUGCUGAUCCAGUUGACCAAGCUCUGCUAAUAUCUAAGUCUAAUGACCAAAUUCUGCUCAUGCCCAAGUCUACCAACCCGGUCGCCCAAGUUCUGCUCACGCCCCAGUCUGCUGACACACCCAGCCAAGUUCUGCUCACGCCCCAGUCUGCUGACACACCCAGCCAAGUUCUGCUCACGCCCCAGUCUGCUGACACGCCCAGCCAAGUUCUGCUCACGCCCCAGUCUGCUGACACGCCCAGCCAAGUUCUGCUCACGCCACAGUCUGCUGACACACACAGCCAAGUUCUGCUCACGCCACAGUCUGCUACACGCACAGUCAAGUUCUGCUCACGCCACAGUCUGCUGACACGCACAGUCAAGUUCUGCUCACGCCACAGUCUGCUGACACGCACAGCCAAGUUCUGCUCACGCCACAGUCUGCUGACACGGCCACCCAAGCUCCGCCCAUGCCCUGUUCAGCUGAGGUCGUCGCUCAGCCCCCCUGUUCAGCUGAGGUCGUCGCUCAGCCUCCCUGUUCAGCUGAGGUCAUCGCUCAGUCUUCCUGUUCAGCUGAGGUCAUCGCUCAGCCUUCCUGCUCCAUGGCAAACAUCAUUCCCCCCUUCUGCUUCGAGGAGACCCACGCUCCUCUCCCUGGCCGCACGGAGACCCACGCUCCUCUCCCUAGCCUUACAGGGGACUUCGCUCUGCCUUCCAGUUCAGCUGGGGACUUCGCUCCGCUUCCAUGCUCCGACGAGGACGUCGCCCUGUUUCCCUGGUCUGCUGAGUACAGUGCUCUGUUUCCCUGCUCCGCCGAGGACGUUGCUCUGCCUUCAUGCUCCGCCGAGGUCAUCGCUCAGCCUGCCUGCCCUGCUGUGAACAUCGCUCAGCCUCCCUGUUCAGCCGAGGAUGUCGCUCAGCCUCCCUGUUCAGCCGAGGAUGUCGCUACGCUUUCAUGCUCCGCCGAGGACUUCGCUCAGCCUGGCUGCCCGGCUGUGGAUGUCGCUCUGCCUUCACGCUCCGCCGAGGACUUCGCUCAGUCUGCCAGCCCUGCUGUGAACGUCGCUCCGCUUCCCUGCGCCACCAAGAACACCGUGCAGUUUCCUGGCCCAUGCUUGGGACAUUCAGCCCAGGGGGCUGGGGCCGCCAAUUAAAUGGGAUGACUCAUGGCACUCCGGGAGAAGUGCCUUUGGGGGGGGUUCUGUUAUGAUUCCCACUUGAAGCAGCGUGCUCUAAGCGCGAAUGCGCGAGCACCUGCUUUUCCGUUGUUGACCGUAGUGACAUCUGGACACGUGUGUUUUGUUUAUGUUUCUGUCAUGUCUCCUCCCUGUUCUGUCAUUGGCUGGGAUUUCACGUGGGUCUGUAUUGCUCUCAGCUGCUAGCAGUUUAGACGCUGAUCAUGUCUGCAUAUAUACCACGCGCUUCCCAGCACACAACGGGGAAGAUUACCUUAGAGUUAGUUUAGUUCGUAUCGUAGUCAUAGUCACGGUCCAUGUUUAGAAUUAGUUUAAUUCGUAUAGUAGUCAUAGUCACGUUCCAUGUUUAGAGUUAGUUUGCGCUGGAUUAUCCGCUUCCAGUCCCUCGUCAUAGUCCGUUUCUCGUUUAGUUUAUCGACCCUGUUUUCCGUGACCACGACCUAGAUUCCAGCCUUGCCUCGUGUAUGCCUGUUUGCCAAUCGCCUGACCUCUUGCAUGUUUGUGGAUUACGUUUUGGAUCACGUUUUGGAUUUGUCUGCCUGUCUCUCUUUCAAAUAAACAACUGUUCAUCCUGCACUUGCAUCCGUCCUAUCUCUGCUCCGUCACGAUACGUGACAAUUGUCCACCACACGAGAUCCUCACAGUGAGACAUCCCAAAGGGAUCUAAAAAACCCCUAGUUACGGGGCUCCCUUUUAUACAGUGGAAACACCCCUGGUUUGCCUAAAUACCAGUACUCUUGAUUUCUGGGUGAUUUCCAUUUCCACUGAAUUUUAGGCUUAUUCCAAAAACUGUUUUUUUGAUUUUCUGGUACUGCUGAAAACCAUUAUUUUUUAUUUUAUGGAAUUUUUGACAACCAUCGUUUCUGUUUUUCUGUUAUUUCUGAAAACCAUUAUUUUCGAGUUUAUGGUAUUUUUUUUCUCCCUACAUUUCUAGUUACUCUUUUAUUUUUAUUUUAAAACUACUUCUGCUUAUUAUGGCAUUUUGAUCUGACCAUCAUUGAGCGAGGACCUUAGCUGUCUUUGUACUUUUUUCUUUAUCAUGGGUAAGUGUAUGUAUUUCUUUAUUUGUCAAUAGCAUAUAUUUAGUAUGACUCUUAAACUGUAAAUGAAUAUUAGCCAUUUGUUUUGUUAUUCACUGUACUUUAUUCUAUGUGUUGCAUGUCUGAAUGUGUGUGUGUGUGUGUGUGUGUGUGUGUGUGUGUGUGUUUCCUUUUUCUGUUGAGGCUAUGUAAUGUCUGACUCAGAGUGGCCUUCUUUUUAUGAGGAAAAGAGUAUAUUAUAACGUUGUUCUUUUUUCCCUUAGAGAUGCAUGACUUAUGCCUAGACUUGAACACUCUCUAUCAACUAGCACAUCUUACUGCUGAUCUGUCACUUCUGGUUGAAGUUUGUAAGGAUCCAGUUAGAUCCUCACGGGGCUCUCAGGAAAGUUGAUAAAACUCAGCCGGACACAAAGUGAAAGUGCCGUUCUUCGUUUAUUACACUGCACGGUACCAUAGGCUUACGCAUGGUUACAGGUCUGUCAUUAGAAGAGGAUUAACCGAGUAAACAUCCCAAAGAUGGUACAUUAACAUGACACCGCGUGUCAGCACAAGAUGUGGAGGUCACAGAGAGGGAGAACAGGGCAGCGACCAUGCCCCUUGACCCCACAUGACAUCAUCAUAGCCGAUCAUUACACAUUCUUCAGGCUGGAGUCUGGUGUUUCUGGUUUCCCUCAUUCUCAAUAAAUUCUCAUUCUCCUCAUUUGGUGCCCUUGUGUUUUAUUUCUAUCAUAAAUUUUAUCUAACAAUAGCCAUUGUUGGUUUUAGAACACAAUACCAGACUGCUUUAGAAUCUAGGUAUCACUGAUGACGCCUUCAUAGAGAGAUGACACAAAGGUUACAGCACCGUGAGGGGCCAUCCCAAUCAACCCUUUGAAAGUGCAGUGAGAUUUGUAGGUAGAGAAUACCUCACUCUGAAGGAGAAGAGAGUUUGGUGUUUGGCAACGCAGUUCAGUACAGUCCAAAAU